AUGGAGAUAGAAACCAAGCUUAGAGAAAACAACACUUAUUAUCCAUUGUUUUUACAUGAGAACCAUAUGAAACCCUACUCAAAAGAUGACAAUUUUGAGCUUCCCACACCAAAGGGUACUACCACUUAUCUUCAAGACUUUCAUCAUGAUAUUGUUCAUGAUCAUGGUCAUCAAUUUCCCCUAAAUGGAUCCUCAUCAAAUCCUAAUUUUGGGUCCCAAACUCCAUUGUUUGGUCAUCCCAAUUUCGAAGAUUACACUACAUAUGGGAGUUGUGAAAACAAUGUUGGGAUUUUAUACGAUCAUUAUUAUAAUUGUUAUAAGCCCAUUACAGAUACCACAUUCCAAAGUAGUGGAGAGUGCUUGAAUAUUUUCCCAAGUAGAAAUCCCACAGAAAUGUUUGGUUCCAAUUGGAGUUGCUCAAAUGGCCAAGAGAUCAUGAAACCUAAUAAUUUGAGCUCUGUGGUACCUGAUCAAGUCUCAAGCAUAACAGCUGAAAAUGGGUACUUCGAAAACCAAGUUGCCAUGCAUAAGAACAAGAGUACUAAUAAUACUACUUCUUGUUCUUUAAUGAAAAGAAUGACAUACUUUAAUGGUCGCAGGAAGAUCAUUGACAAUCCAGUCAAGGGCCAGUGGACAGUAGAAGAAGAUAGGGUUUUGAUUGGACUGAUUGAAGAGCAUGGAGUGAGAAAAUGGUCCCACAUCGCUCAGAUGUUACCUGGAAGAAUUGGCAAGCAGUGUAGAGAGAGAUGGCAUAAUCAUCUUCGACCUGACAUUAAGAAGGAUCCAUGGAGUGAAGAAGAAGACAAGAUACUGAUUGAAGCGCAUGCAGAAAUAGGAAACAAGUGGGCAGAAAUAGCAAAGAGAUUGCAAGGAAGGACUGAAAACUCCAUUAAAAACCAUUGGAAUGCAACCAAAAGAAGACAACACUCCAAAAGAAAAUGUCGUAAUUCAAAGAAUCCAAGAGGCUCCACCUCCACUCUCCUCCAAGAUUACAUCAAGUGCUUGAACUUGGCCACCGCCUCGAGCAGUACUUUCACAAGGCAAUAUCAAGGAAAAACGACAGAAAACCUCAAAAACGACACCACAAGCGAGUACUCAACAACACCAUUUGUUGGGGUUGAACCCCCUCAAACGACAUUGGAAGUUUGCUAUGCUAAUGAUGAUUUUGAUCAUGCUGGUGUUGAGAACACUGUUGUGGAUUUUUGUUUGGACAAGAACCUUUUCCAAGAGGGUAGUUAUAGUAGUAUUGAGUCUUUUUUUGAUGAGAUGAUGCCUUUUGUCGUUGAUGAUAAGAAGUUGGAACCAGCUAGUGAUCAUGUGGAGCAGCCCGUAGAGGAUAACAAUGUUGGUUCUAUGAGGGGAGGUGAUAUUGGAGUUGUGAAGAAGGAGAUGGAUUUGGUGGAGAUGUUCUCCAAAGUGAAUGCAAGCAUUAACAACUCCACCAUUGACUCGGUACAUAGCACUACAACUUUUACUGCAGCUUCACAACCAGUCACUCAUACACCAACUUCGGCUUCUGCUCCUCUGAUUACUCUGACCGCCUUUGUGAAUGCAAAGCUCCAGCCACUUUCGAUCUUACCAUCAGUUAAUCAACCUCUAGCUGUUAAGCUAGAUGAAAAUAAUAUUUUAGUUGGAAAAACCAGUUGCUGA